AUGGAAUUCCUUGCAAUUCUUACCCUAAUAUUCUUAAUAAUAGGUGCAUCAUUGUACUUAUUAGUAUGUGUUGAUCCUAACUCCCCAGGAUUGUUAGGGAUAAUGAAUAGAUUUGUAUUCAACACUAUUCCAACAAUAAUCAAGUAAAUAAUAUACAUAAUACCUAGAAAAAUAUUGGGAGAACGUAUAUUCACAAUAUUCUAAAGAGCAGUAGAUUAUUUCUUCUAUUCAAAUCAUCCAUUAGUAUAAAUAUUCUAUGUUUUGGUUGCAGUGGGAGGAUAUUUGGUAUAUCUGUAUUUUGGAUUUCUUGAAUUAUUUGGUAAUAAUCCUUUUGUGUCCCAUUUGGAUACAUCAAUUGGAUCAACAAUGGCACUCUUUUGUUUCUAUUCUUUUUUUUAAGCAUGUCGAUAUAAACCAGGAAUAAUUACUAAAGAGAAUAAUAAAGAAUAUGUAAAUGAAUUUAAAGAAUACUAUGAUAAUGUAGUAUAUUUGAAAGAAAAUCAAUGCAAAACAUGUAAUAUCAUAAAGCCAGCAAGAAGUAAACAUUGUAGAGUAUGCAAUGUAUGUGUAAGUAGAUUUGAUCAUCAUUGUGUAUGGAUUAGAUAAUGUGUUGGAUAAAAGAAUUAUAAAUACUUUGUCAAAUUCAUCAUAACUCAUGCUAUUCUAUGUGAUUAUGGAGCUUAUUUAGGUUUUCGUUGUAUUUGGGGAAUUAUUGUUAAAGAGAAACUCUUAGAAGCAUAAUUCAGGUAAUUUAUUCUUUUUCAAUAUAGAGAUCCUGUGACAAAGUAGAGAUUGUAAGCUACUUGGGGGAUUAUAGUAAAGUAUUUGUUCUACAAAAACACUAUGUAUAUUUUCAUUGUCAUUCUAUGCAUUGUUAUGGGUAUUGCAUUAACAUGUUUUGCUCUUUAUCAUCUUUAUAUGAUUGGAUAAAAUACUACUACAAAUGAAAGAAUGAAGAGAAGUGAUUUUUUGAAUUUCUUUGAUGAAGAAACUGAAAGAUUAGAAAAACAAUUAAAAGAUGCACAAACUCCAGAAGAUAUUAAAUAGGUGACAUCGAAAUUAGAAUAAGUUAAAUAAUGUUAAAAUAGGAUAAUUCCAGCUAAAUCUAUAGGAAUAUGGUAGGGAUUGAAAAGAGUGUUUAAUGAACCAGAUGAAUUGGAUUAAACGAUUAAAAUAAAAAAUAGAAAAAAAUAAUGA